AUGGAAGUUUUCGAAGCAAUCUAUCGAAAUCCAAUCGUACGAGAGUAUUUCAAUCCGAAACAAUUCCAAGUGACACCAUGGGUACGCGAUCCAAUCGGCAUAUCUCAUCCACUCGUUUUUGAUUUCGAAAAAAAAUUUUUCGAUAAAACCUACGCCCAUCAUAUCUAUGAAUGGAUGAACAAAUGGUGGUGGUUAAGUAUUGUCUACUCAAUAGUCUAUGUCGGCUUGAUCUACUAUGGACGAUCAUUGAUGGAGAAACGUGAACCGUAUCAAAUACGUGGUGCCUUAAUUUUAUGGAAUUUAUCAUUGGCUAUAUUUAGUAUUUUUGGAAUGAUACGUUGCGUACCGGAAAUGCUCUAUGGUUUGGAGAGAAAAGGUUUACAGUACACGAUUUGUGACAAUACUAACAUUUACGGCGUAACUGGAUUCUGGAUCACAAUAUUUUGUAUUUCAAAAGUACCAGAACUGAUUGAUACAUUGUUUAUUGUGCUUCGAAAACAGAAAUUAAUCUUUCUCCAUUGGUUUCAUCAUGCUACCGUAUUGAUUUAUGCUUGGUACAGUUAUCACGACUGGACAGCAAGUGGACGCUGGUUUGUUUUUAUGAAUUAUAGUGUUCACGCAUUGAUGUAUACUUAUUAUGCAUUUCGGGCAAUGAGAUUUCACAUUCCGAAAUGGAUUUCUAUAACAGUAACAAUAUUUCAAUUAUCUCAAAUGGUUGUUGGUUGUUUUGUUAAUUACAAAGCCUACGUUUACAAACAAAACGGUGCAUCAUGCACGGUCGCUUAUUCGAAUAUAUUCUGGUCAUUUGUGAUGUAUGCUGUUUACUUCCUUCUGUUUCUUCAUUUCUUUUUCGUCGCGUAUUUAUGGAAAAAACCGGUUGUCAAAUCAAGUGGCGAAGUCGAACGUAAAAAGAACAAAUAA